AUGGGCUCCACGAAAAAGGACAAGGAGCUCGAACAACAUGCUCGUGCAGCCUUGGUGCAAAAGUGGCUGCCGAACGACAGGGACGACAAAGACGCCUACCAUGCCAAGAAACUCACGAUACUCAACAUCAUGGCCAUCAACAAUACUCUGGCCAUAGAGGAUACCAAGAAGGAUAUUCACGGCGUCAGGACGCAGUCUUCAGAUAUCAGCACAAUGAUGGAGGACCUCAAGAAGCAAUACGAGGCAAUGGAAAGAGCCCAGAAAAGCAAUCAGGAGCGAAUGGAUCAACUAGGCAAGCUCUUGGAAGAGAAUCAACGCUCCACCGAAGAUGCGCGAAGAGAAAACCAGUCUCUCGGUGAGCGUGUUCGGGACCUUGUUGGACAAUCUGCUCAAGUUGAGAACCGAGUCAGUACCCUACUCGGCAAUGAAUCUGAACGCAUCAACGCAUUGAAGGCACUCAUUACUGGCCUGGAAAACAAGCUUGAGAAGCAGGCACAGCGCGACGAGUUCAAGAGCGAGCAAUUCACCCGUCUCGACGAGCGCGUCAAAUUGAUCCAGGAAUUGCAGCUGCUUGCCACAUCAGCUCCUGGCAGAUCGAGGGAGGCGAUGAACCAGACUGAAAACAAUCCCGAAAAUAUCCCUCAGUCACAGGCUGAUCCCAACCAGGCUCAGUCGAACGAUGUUCACGACCCGAGGACUCACAACGCACGAGAAUCGUCUGCCGAUGGAUUGGAGAGCGAUAUGCGCAUGGACAGCGAACAUUUGGAUGAGGCAACCAUUUUUGCUGCUUGUGGGAAAUACAUGAAUAGCGUUAGAUGGUUCAAUCGCCGGCAUACUCAGAAACCUCCUUCGGGAGAACAGAAGCAUCGGUUCGUUCGGAAGUUUCUUGAAGCGCAGACCAAACGCGUUGCACACUAUCUACAGAGCCUGAUCAUUGCACACUUUCCGAACAUCCGCCUCAAAUCAUCUGACGGAUACUCCCAGAAGCGGGUGUAUGGACGAAACAGGAUUCACUUGCGCAUCAAUGUCAAUCACAUCACUUGGGAAGAUGUGAAAGCCGCUUGUAAUGAUGGAUUCGACGCCUUGGUCAUGGCCAGGGCUCAGAUGGCGGACGAUCGAGAGCAGGAGAAUAUGCGAAGACGCUGGACGCGGCAAGAUGAGCAAUCUUCUUUAGCACUAGAGCAACAGGAUGACGAACAUACGGUCGACAGCAAUCUCCAGAACAAUCGCCGCCAUGAUGCUACCGAAGGCCAGAGCAUCAAGAGAAAGUUGAGCCAGAAUGUCCAGAAUCGCCAAUGGACAGGUGAGGCAAGUGAGCUGUAA